ACACUUGGACUUCAUGCAGGAGGAGGCAGGUCUGUGUUCUGGAGAAAUGAACAAUGCAUGAUAAGCUUGGAGAAGGGAGAGGCAGAAGUACUUAAUGGUAUGCCAGAAAAUGAAGAACGAUCACCAAGAGAAGAAGCCAUCGAUCACAAUACAAUCGCUUCACGACUGAUAACACCACCCAGAAGGAAGACCGAUCGAUGAAGGAAAGCUGCAGCCAAGGAGAACUCAUACUCUUCCACUCACUAGUUACUACCCUCUGGAUCUGGUUGGCUCUCUCUCUCUCUCUCUCUCUCUCUCUCUUUUUCACCUAUGAUGCAGCCAGUCUUCUGUUUACUGUUGCUUAGGCAAAAUCUCUUGCAUAAAUACGUAUCCAUGAUGAAAAGAAGGGUAGGAGAUGCGGAGUGGGUACUGGAGACCUUCGUCCACUCUCACUCUCUCUCCUGAGCUGUUUCCUCAGUUCAUAUGGCGUUUUCUCUCCUCUGGUGGUGAUGGGUCUCAGUCCUCAACUCUGAAACCUCAAAAUCUUGAGAGACAGGAUUAAAAAAAAAAAAGAAGAAGAAGAAGAAGAAGAAGAAGAAGAAGAAGAAGAAGAAGAAGAAGAAGAAAUGCUUUCUUCCCACUUUCUCAACCUCAACCCGGCGCUUAAUCAUUUAAUACCAACUGCUUAUCUCCACCCAAAUCAGAGUCAAAGGCUCUCCGUUCCUCACCAUCCAGCCUUCUGCAGCACAUCUCCAAUCAUCAAAUCCUCCAAUACCAUCUUCACUUCUUCCUUCUCCAAAUACCCUCUGAUCCUCACAAGGUUCAGAACCCAACGCACCAGCACAACAUCCCUAACCGUUUAUGAUGAUGAAACCAACGAAUGAAUCUCUUAAACCUGAGCAAGCGAAGGAAGAAACUCAGGAAAAGAGCUUCUGGGCUGCCGUCAGUUUGAUUAUAGGCACUGCUGUCGGUCCUGGUAUGCUAUGCCUGCCCUCUGCAACCAUUAGAUCGGGUCCACUUCCUUCGACCAUUAUAAUCCUUCUCUCAUGGGUCUAUGUCCUAUCCUCCAUACUCCUUGUGGCAGAGCUUAGCUUUGCAGCAAUGGAAGAAGAUGGGGUUGAUGAGGUAAGCUUCACUGACCUUGCAACCAAGGCAUUUGGAGGCCGUUUUGGCGCUUAUGUUGCUGUAGUCUACGCUUGCCUUAGCUUUUCCCUCUUGGUCGUCUGUGUCUCGGGUAUUGGCUCUAUUUUUUCUCAGUGGUUUCCAUGGAUGAAUCCUAUAGUUGCUCAUGCUAUAUUCCCUUGCAUUUCUGGUUUUAUUAUUGGGUUCUUCCCAUUUAAGGCCAUCGAUGCAGCAAAUAGAUUUUUAUGCAUCACCAUGAUUCUGUCCAUAUCUGCUCUUGUGGGUAUUGGUUUAUCAGUUGGGAGAUCAAACAUUUUGGGUUCCCUUGGGUAUGCUUCGUGGGCACCCUCUGCAGUCUUGCCUGCAAUACCUUUAACCGUAAUCACCCCUUUUAUUUGUAAUAUAGCGGGGAAGACUCUGUUUGAUGCUCGUAGGGCAAUACUGUUUGGUGGAGCUGUGCCUCUGUUCAUGGUCCUGUCAUGGAAUUUGGUUAUUUUGGGGCUUGCAAGGGCGACUACAGCCUGCUGCGAAGAUCCUAUUGCACUCAUACUCUCUAUAAAUGCAUCAGCUUUACCUGCAGUUCAGGGUUUCGCAUUUUCAGCAUUGGCAACUAGUUUGAUAGGCUAUGCUGUCAGCUUCCCAAAACAACUUGUGGAUGCAAUUGAAUUAAUUUUAGGAAGAGAGAAGUCCACUAAUGUUGGUUUCAAUGAUUGUGGAAAUGAAAGGGUGGGGUUCGCUCUAUAUUGGAAAGGGGAAAGAGUUGGAACUUCAGGCCAGGUUUCUUUUGCUGCAUCAAUGUGUAUUUCUGGUUCUACAGCUGAAAAAACAUCAGAAAACAGGGGAUCUAAUUCAGCUACUAUGCCUGUAAUGCUGCUUGUCCUUGGAGUUCCAGUGGUCAUAGCUUCUUUCUUCCGCUCAGCUUUUUCUAAAGCUCUUGAUUUUGCUGGGGUUUAUGCUAAUUGCUUCCUCUUCGGGAUCUUGCCACCAGUAAUGGCUUGGAUUUACUGAUCCAGAAAAAAGUUCAGAUCAUCCUCUUCUGGAGAUGCCAACAUCCUGCCCGGGGGAGAUGCUGCUCUUCUGCUACUCUUUGGCAUUGCUGUCACAUUAGGACUUUGGCAUCAAAUGGUUGAGAGUAAGAAAAUUUAGCAAAUAUACAAUGUCAUCUCAGCAGCUUGGAAACAGAGUUAUUGUCCUUAUAUGGAUAAAUUUGUUUCAUUUAAGUUUUCAAGCGUAUUCAGUUAUUCAUAUUUAGUCCUAAUCAGAAGUUUUGAUUUCUUUCUUUCA